AUGGCAGGCGGCAGACCAGGAGCCAAGUGGGUAGUGGUGUACAAGAAUGGGGAUCCCUUAUUCCCAGGCCGCCAGCUGCUGGUGACUCAGCGGCGCUUCCCCACCCUGGAGACCUUCCUCUGUGAGCUGACCUCAGUUGUGCAGGCCCCAGUGGCUGUGCGUGCCCUCUACACACCCUGUCAUGGCCACCGGGUCACUGACAUGGCAGAGCUGCAGGAUGGAGGGCAGUACGUGGCUGCUGGCUUCGAGCGAUUCCACAAGCUCCAUUAUUUCCCCCCUGGAGGGAAGGAUCCAGGCAAAAAGAGCAACAGACCACAAGGUCCUCCUGUGAGUCACCACAUAUGUGAUGGGACCCUUGGACGGCAGCUCCCUGCGGGUGCUCCCUGCCACAUUCGUGUGUUCAGGAAUGGGAACCUGUUAAGCCCCCCAUUUAGCUUGAAGCUAUCCCAGGCUGCCAGGGAGGACUGGGAAACAGUGUUGAAGCUCCUGACUGAGAAGGCCAAGUUGCAGAGUGGGGAUGUAAGCAGACUCUGCACCCUGGAGGGGCUCCCACUGUUUACAGGGGCGGCUCUGGUGAGCGGCCAUUACUAUGUGGCGGUCGGAGAGGAGGAGUUCAAGGCCCUCCCCUACCUAGAGUUGCUGGUGCCCAGCCCCGCCCUGCCAAAGGGCUACUGGCAUCCCCCAGACCAGAAGUCUAGGAUCCAAAGGCAGGAGGCCCAUGGUCACAGGGCACAAGCAACCCAGCCCACUCCAAAGGAGCCAGCUCAAGCUGAACCAUCUGCUUUGUAUGCCAGACCUCAGGAGGCCACCCAGCUGAGAAACAGACUCCCCCUUCUCUCAUGUUCCUCAGGAGUCAAGGGAGUAUAUGGGGCUCCCCACCCAAGGAGGGAGACAGUAGGCACCCAGGAAGUAGCAGAUGAUGACGAUACUCAGACAGAGGAGCCCUGGGAUCAGAGGGCAGCACAGAUGGUAGAAGAGGCCUUGCUCCUGGGAAAUGACUAGCUGGGGCCUGAGGCAGCUAUUUUAGCCUCAGCCCCUGCACUGCCAUCUUGA